AUGGCACAACUACACAAUUUAUCUCCACAAAUCCCAAUUGAAAGGCUUUAUCAAGAAACUAAUGAAUUUAGCAAUAAACUUUUAGAAAUUGGAAGGAAAAGAGGAAAAAGAGGAAUUUCCUCUUUAAAUAAAGAAAAACAACAAUUAAAUAUUCAACAAAAUUGGACAUUUGUUAAUUCGAUUUUGUUUGCAAUUUCUUUAAUUUCGAGAAUUGGAUAUGGACAUUUGGUCCCAUUAACACCAACAGGAAAAACUUUAAUUUUUCCCUUUGCAAUUUUUGGAAUUCCUCUUUUUAUUUUGCUUGUUGCCGAUUUGGCCAAAACCUUUUCAUUAUUGUUUAAUUGGAUUUGUAGAAUAUUUGCUAAUUGUUGGAGAAAAUUUAGAAAACGGUUAAGUCCUUCUCAAGCAAAAGAAAUUAAAUUGAAUGGAAAGAAUGCUUUGAAAAAAGAAUCCCCUAAAAACUGUUGUGGUCAAAAAUCACCAAUUGCUACUACUUGCUCCAACAAAAGCGAAAAAACAAUUAAAUCACAAAAUAAUUCUCAACCGGAAAAUGAAUCAAAAAUAUUUUUAUUUUUGUUAUUUUUAUUAAUUUGGAGUAUUUUGUCUUUUAUUUAUUUAUUUUUGGAAAAUUGGAAUAUUUUGGAUUGUUUUUAUUUUGUUUUUGUUACAAUUUGUUCUGUUGGUUUUGGAGAUUUUGCACCUAACACUUUAAUUUCUACAUUUUUUACAAUUUUUAUUAUUAUUCCGAGUUUUGCUUUGUAAGUUUUAUUUUUAACUACACCUUAACCUCAUUUUUAUAUUCACCUUUGGAGACGGCAAGAUCGUACCUUAUACUGGAGUGUGU